AUGGUAGAUUCAUCACAAGGAAAUGAAAAAGUUCAGAGGUACGAAAUAUGGACAUCUGAAGAGAGUAAUGAACUGCUUAGACUCAUAGUUGAUGCAGCCAAGCGUGGAUGGCGUGAUAAGUCUGGAAAUUUGAGUAAAGUAACUGUAGAGAAACAUAUAUUGCCCUCUCUUAAUGCAAAGCUUGGAACUGAGAAGACGUAUUCUCAAUAUAAAAGUCGUGUAAAAUGGUUUAAGAAGCAAUACGAUAAAUAUGCCAAGCUUAUGCGACAUAACUCGGGCUUUGGCUGGAACGACGUGUCCAAGAAAUUUACUGCUGAUGAGCAUGUGUGGGACGAAUACUUUAGGUCUCAUCCUGGGGAUACGAGUUACAAGACAGACACUUUUUCUGAUUAUGAAGAUCUGAGAAUUGCUGUUGGAUGUGGAACUGCUAUUGGCACAAACUCAAUUGCAAUAGGCGAUGAUGUUGAAGAAACGACUUUUGAGACGGAAGAAAGAAUGGAAAAUAUUAAUUCCAUAGGCGACCCGAUGCUUGAUCCAGAUUCCGAGGUGUUCGUUAACACUAAUAACCCUCUUGACGAUAUGCCAUUAUCUCCGAUGCACUCUCCACCAUUCGCUCAACACAAAAGUUCAGAAAAACGUCCAUCCGUUCGAAAGCGAAACAGAACUAAUUUUGAAGCAAACCCUAAAAGCACUGCAUCUGACUCUGACAACCUCACGGAAAGUGUUAACAAGAUUGUCCGUGCUCUUGAGUCUGUUGACACUAAAGAGUAUAACUGUUGGGGCAUUAUAAAGGAGAUUCCAAACUUGGAUGACGAUUCCCGCUUCAAGGAUGCUAUUGGAGCUAUCGAUGGAACUCAUAUUCCGGCAAUGGUGACUGAAAAAAAUGCCCCAAGUCAUAGAAAUCGCCAUGGGAUUAUUUCACAAAACGUUUUGGCUGCUUGCAACUUUGAUCUAGAAUUCAUUUAUGUACUUAGCGGCUGGGAAGGUUCAGCACAUGACUCCAAAAUACUCAGUGAUGCUUUAACUAGGAAAAAUGGACUCAAAGUACCUCAAGGUAAAUGGUUUCUCGUGGAUUGUGGAUUUCCAAAUCGGCGUCAAUUUUUGGCUCCUUUUCGAGGUACUAGAUAUCACCUUCAAGAUUUUUCUGGUCAAGGGCGUCAUCCUGAAAAUGCAAAGGAACUAUUUAAUCUUCGUCACGCUUCUUUGAGGAAUGUAGUGGAGCGAAUAUUUGGCAUAUUUAAAUCCCGUUUCACAAUUUUCAAAGCAGCCCCUCCUUUCCCAUAUCGGACACAAGCAGAGCUAGUCUUAGCUUGCGCAGGAUUACAUAAUUUUCUGCGCAAAGAGUGUCGGUCUGACGAAUUUCCAGUUGAUGUUGAAGAUGGAGUUUCAGCAGAAGAUGAAGCGCAAAAUUUUGGACCAUAUUUUGAGAGUCAAGAAACUGAAAGAGAAGCUGCAAAUGCAUGGAGAUUGAGUUUGGCAACGAACAUGUGGAAUGAUGUUGGAAAUAUUUGA